AUGACCGUCCAAAGCAUCGACCUUAGCCAUCCACUCGAUCCAUUCAAUAUGUCCCUGUACCCAGGGGACCCGCCCUAUACCUGCUCCCCUCAUGCAACCGUCCCAGAACACGGCUACAGCGUCCAAACCAUUUCUCUCUGCACACAUACAGGCACCCACGUCGAUGCCCCUUCCCAUUUCUUUGCAGAGGGCAAGUCCAUCGACCAGGUCCCCCUCGAUUCCUUCAUCCGUCCCGCCAUCGUCGUCGAUGUCAGUAAAAAGGUUGUCCCCCGGGGACGAAUCACUUGGGACGACCUCAGCCUGAGCAUUGACGACAGAUCGGAUGCUAUAGUGCUCAUCCGUACAGGCUGGUGCAAGUACUGGGGCAAACCAGAGUAUGUCAACCAUCCUUUUCUCGACGCAGAUGCCGCUAGGAAACUCGUCGCUCGAGGUGUAUCAGCCAUCGGGAUCGACACGUUGAGUCCCGACGAGACGGGGGGGAGUGCCAAUGAUUUUGGGGUGCACCAAGCGAUUCUCGGUGCUGGCGGUCUCAUCGUCGAAAACCUGAAGAAUUUGGCAGCUAUACCAGAAGGUGCAUUCGUUAAUUUCGUCCCUUUGAAUCUGAAAGGCGGGGAUGGCUCACCUGUGAGAGCGUUCGCGUACGUACCGUAA